AUAUCAUAGAAAUAAAUUUACUGCGGCGCUAUUCUUUCCGGCUGAUGGCUGCCCUGGGGGUCUUGCGAUGCACGAAAAGAUGUGCCAAACUCAAUGGAUAUUGUGGCGGCCCGGCGAUGGUGUCGGCGCGCAACACGGUGCCCUGCGAGCCGUCGCACAUUCCCGGCGGCGUCGGCAGUGUGGCCUGGGUACGGACAUUCUUUCGUCUCGUGAAACCUUCGGGCGGCGGCAACACGCUGCACUACUCCGAGAGAAAGCUGCUCGGGUACUCGGCAGAGCAGAUGUUUGAGGUGGUGUCAAGGGUGGAGUUCUACCGGGACUUUGUGCCCUGGUGCACACAGUCGCGCGUCACGGCUCGUUCUCCCCACGCCCUGACAGCCUACAUGCAGGUGGGCUUCGCACCUAUUGUUGAGAGCUAUACCUCUCAUGUCACACUGGUGCGGCCCACCCUCGUCAAGUCAGUAUGCUCAGAUGGUCGCCUCUUCAACCAUCUGGAGACCAUCUGGAGGUUCGAACCAGGCCUCGAGGACAACCCGAAAACCUGCACACUAGAUUUCAAGGUGUCCUUCGAGUUCCGCUCACGGCUGCACUCACACCUGGCACACAUGUUCCUAGACGAAGUGGUGCGGCAGAUGACUCGCGCCUUCCUCAACCGAGCAGCCACCCUCUAUGGCAAACAGUCGAUCCCGACGCGGAGCAGCAAGGUGCUGCCCUCUGGUGCUCCCUGACGCCGGCCCCCCGAGUAGUCUUGUCGUACACGGGGCUUCACCUCGACGUGGACUGAUUUUAGUCUUUUUUUUUUUUAUUAUUUUAGCUCCUCUCGCAGCCACGCUUCUCCUCACAUAUGCCCUCCCAGUUCCGCAACGUUCUGCCUGGAACUCCCUCACGUGGAUGUCACUUCGAGACCGCAAAGCUCAUCUACCAGGGGUGAAGCGACAGCGAGGGCAUUCUAGAUGUGUUCAAAGGCAAGGGUCGUUUUUGGCGGCCUGAAGCAAGCUGGUGACAAGCCGAAAAGUUCCAUGGCAGCCAUCAGCCGGAGGACUGACGUCCUUGACGUGAUGCCUCGCAAAGGAGGCCAGACAGCGCAAGAGGACUGAGUGGCGGCAACUUCAGCCGUGACUUCUGGGUGUCCUCAUUACCUGAGCCGCUUCAGAUUUGUCAUGGCAGCCAUUGUUCAGCCAUAAACAAAGACGGUAACGAUGCUGGGAAAGAAGCAGCCACGUAAAAGGUUCCUGUUCAGUAAAUUAAAAUUCCCAAAUUUUUUGAAGUUGUUGAGCAAUUGAAAUUCACGUGUUUGCAUUUAUUUAGUAAAAGGUUAAGAGGGUUUAAUAGCAAGUUAAUGGUUUGCUCACUUCAAAUUGGUCAGACACGCAAUAAUGCAAAGCUCACAGAAGGUUGUGCUGCUGACAUUAGAAGUUUAGCAGUGAUUUCUUCUAUUGUCUUGUGUGUCUAUGGCGAGAGGGGGAGAUAAUCCAGUGGCAAGAACAGCAGUUAACGCUAGCAGAUGCACAGCAGAGUUUCAGCAGAACAUGUUAUAAUUAGUGCUUAGUAAUCUUCGUGGUCGUUGGGUGCAAACUUGCACUGAGCUUUGAAUAUAGGUUCUACCUUUGUUUAUUUAUCCUUUCUUUCUGCAUGAAGCUAUUGUAAAUAAAAUAUUUUUGUUUUUGAA